UUCCUCUGGCUGCGUUCUCAUUUCUUACCGUCUAUGAGAGAAAGGAAGGUAGACGUGCAGUUCGUCAGUUCUUCUUAAUUUAUUUCCUAUAUGUGUAAAGGCCUUCAAACAGGAGUGUGUCAGCCUGCGGUGGUCAGAUCCGGCGUCCGAGUCUUAUGAUCGCGGCCAGCGUCUGCUCUCAAUGGGAGUCGUGAGCUGACGUCACGCUCGAUCUAGAGAGGAAAAUGGGCGGAAACAAAUCAAACGGACACAUUUCUGAACCUAAAGCGAUCUCCUGAAAGGUUGCUGUGUUUUCAGUGUCAGAAUUAUUGAGGACAAUUCAUGACAUAGUAAGAUAAUGCCGAGAACACUUCAUGAUGAGUUAUGCUGAAAAGCCAGACGACAUAACACGAGAGGAGUGGAUGGAAAAGCUAAAUAACGUUCACAUUCAGCGGGCAGACAUGAAUCGGCUCAUUAUGAAUUAUCUGGUGACGGAGGGUUUUAAAGAGGCAGCUGAGAAGUUCAGGAUGGAAUCAGGUAUUGAACCAAGUGUUGAUUUGGACUCUCUGGAUGAAAGGAUAAAAAUUAGGGAAAUGGUGCUGAAGGGACAAAUUCAAGAGGCCAUUGCACUGAUCAACAGUCUGCAUCCUGAGCUGCUGGACACUAACCGAUAUCUGUACUUUCAUCUUCAGCAACAACACCUGAUAGAGUUGAUUCGCCUGCGGGAAACUGAGGCUGCAUUAGAGUUCGCACAGACACAGCUAGCUGAACAGGGAGAGGAAAGCCGAGAGUGUCUGACAGAGAUGGAGCGCACCCUCGCACUCCUGGCGUUUGAUAAUCCAGAAGAGUCGCCCUUCGGUGACCUGCUUAACAUGAUGCAGAGACAGAAGGUGUGGAGCGAGGUAAACCAGGCGGUGCUGGACUAUGAAAACAGAGAGUCGACACCGAAACUUGCCAAACUCCUCAAACUGCUACUUUGGGCUCAGAACGAGUUGGACCAGAAGAAAGUCAAGUACCCCAAAAUGACAGAUCUUAGCAAAGGCACCAUCGAGGACCCCAAGUGAAAACGAACCGGCAUCUCUAUGCUUACAUUAUGCGGGGAACAAAAUGGACGAUUUCCCUUUCCUUAACUAUUUAUAUACUCAGUGACUGACACUCAAACAUCCUUUUAUCAAACUUUUGUUUUGUUUACUUGUUGCUUAUCAGAGACUUUGCUUUAAAUGGGCUAUGGAAUUGAGAUUAAGAUUUAAGGGUGACUCCUAGCCAAAAUGGAAACACUUUUUAUCACAAAUGGACUUCUGUGAUUUUUGUUACCACAAUGUUUGACUUGCUGAGCUAAAUUGAUUGCAUUUUAGCUCCUUUUUUUUUUUUUGCAGAGGAUUAUUGUGUUUCUAUUUUGUUGGUGAAUGUUCAGAAAGUCUACAAAUAUAGUUGAGGACUGAACCACACUAUUUAGAUUUACCUUCUAUUUGACUGUGUCCACUGAUGUGAGGUACCUACGGCACAACAGUGGUGUCAUCAAGGACAGUGGAUUGAUUGUACCAGAUAAACAGAGAACGAGUUCCGUGUGCUUUCACAACUUUUAUUGGCAGUGCACACUGCACAGGUAUACAUUUUGUAUGCGUGUUAAAGGGCCCCGUUAAAGAAAAUCAGCCCUUUUUUGAGUACUAAUGUUUAUUGCAUUAUAAUGUUAUAAAGUCAUGUGACAUUGUUUUCUACUGU